GAGAGAGAGAAGGUCAUUUAUUUCUCUUUCCCUAUUCUCUCUCUAGACUGACUCUAGAAAUCUCUCUCUCUACAGUACCCAUGCGCUUUGUGUAAAUAUAUAUAUAUGUAUGUAUACGUAUAGUCACUGUUUCUUUGUUGAUGUAUUGUCUAAUUGCAGACUCGGUAAAAGAUUGUUUCGAUUGAGAGUAUAAAAUACGCCAAAAGAGAAAAAAGUUGCGCUCUGUUUUUGCUUGGAUUUUACUUUGUGGAUCAUUUCUCUAUUGACGGAUUUGGUUAUGAUCUUGCAGUGAAUUUGCUCAAUGGGCGCCAUUUAGGACUCAGAAGAGAGAGAGACAAAAAAAAAAGGAGUGAGAAAACGUGAGUCACGCGAGGGUUUCUGAUCAUGGCGGUGGUGGAAAAUGCCGGUGUUAGAGCGACAGCGACAGCAUCAUCGAAUCGAGAUGUCCAACAGAACGACGUCGCGACGGAUUACCAUCACCACCACUCGGCCAAAGCCGCCGGAAACGACCAAAAGUCAACUAAGCCGGCGGACCAGAAUUUCCAUCUUGGACAGCAGAAAUUGUUGAACGGGCGUCAUCAGCUGGAGCAGCAGCAGCAGGCCGUUGACGGAGAUGGAAUCCCGCCGGAAACCGACGAGGAUGGGGAUGUUCGUGGAGGGGAGGGUUUCAAGAGGGAGAUGAGAGAUUUGCAGGAAAUGCUCUCUAAGUUGAAUCCAAUGGCGGCAGAAUUUGUUCCUCCUUCUAUGGGUGCCGUUGGAAUGCAGAGGUUGUUGGUGUCGCCGCCGCAGGUCUCUGCCGCUGCCGUGGCGGCAGCGGCGGCGGGCCUUUUUGGGUAUAAUCUUAAUGGUUUUGUAAUGCAGCAGCAGGCUAACUCAGGGGGGCUUCCUAAUAGGGGCUCUUUCAGAAAGAAGAAAAAUGGAUACUCUAAUGGAAACCGGCGGAUGAAUAGCCGAACUAGCAUGGCACAAAGGGAAGAUGUGAUAAGGAGAACAGUAUAUGUUUCUGAUAUCGAUCACCAGGUUACUGAGGAGCAACUUGCAGCACUUUUCAUUGGUUGUGGGCAGGUUGUGGAUUGCCGUGUUUGUGGUGACCCCAAUUCUGUGCUUCGUUUCGCCUUCAUUGAAUUUACGGAUGAGGAAGGGGCAAGGAAUGCUUUGAGUUUGGCAGGAACUAUGCUCGGGUACUAUCCCGUUAGGGUGCUUCCAUCCAAAACUGCAAUUGCCCCUGUCAAUCCAACAUUCUUGCCAAGGUCUGAAGAUGAAAGGGAGAUGUGUGCAAGAACUAUUUAUUGUACAAAUAUUGACAAAAAGGUCACUCAAGCAGACGUCAAAGUCUUCUUCGAGACUCUCUGUGGAGAGGUUCAUCGCUUGAGGUUGCUUGGCGAUUAUCAGCAUUCAACUCGUAUAGCUUUUGUGGAAUUUGUUAUGGCUGAGAGUGCAAUAGCUGCUCUAAACUGCAGCGGCAUAGUGUUGGGCUCGUUACCCAUAAGGGUUAGCCCAUCUAAGACUCCUGUCCGACCCCGGGGACCUCGCCCAUCAAUGCAUUGAAACAUUGUUGGAUGAGCUGAGCUUCUUCUCUGCAACUGAUGCUCAAAUGAACACAUAUCUAUGAAUCUAUAUAUAUAUAUAUAUAUAUACACAUACAUACUUAACAACAGCUGAUGCUUUGAAAAGUACAUGCUCUAUGUUUUCUCGGCCUCUACUUGUUUUUCUUUAGCAGGACCAAUGUUAUCUUCUGUUUAUGUUAUCCGGUGCCUGUCUUUGAGUUUAA